UUUAAAGGGCAGAGUUGUAAAAACUCCCAGGCUGUGGGGAGUUAGCUUGGAAGACGCUCAAUCAAAAUUCAGCUGGACCCCACUGGAGCAAAGCCGCCUGGAGCAACACGGCAUAACAGCAUUUUUCUAGAUCUCAACGAAGCUACACUCAAACCUGUACAAGUGUAAACGCUUUCUAUAGAGGACUCUGGCUAGUGCAACAUCGAUCUGCUGUGAAUUUUUAUGAGACUGAACCUUCACCUGCUACAAAAAGGAUUUUCAUUUUGUCAACAAGCUCUCUAUCAGUGUUUUCCACUGCUCUGAUCGCUUGGAGGUUUUUGCAACGCUCAAACAAAAAAAAGGAAAACACACACAAAAAAAACAGAACCACCCCUGCCACCGAAGCAGCUAUGCAGCUUGAAAUUCAAGUAGCACUCAACUUUAUUAUUUCUUACUUGUACAAUAAACUCCCCCGACGACGUGUGAAUAUCUUUGGCGAAGAGCUCGAGAGGCAGCUGAAGAAAAAGUAUGAAGGCCACUGGUAUCCGGAUAAGCCAUACAAAGGUUCAGGGUUCAGGUGCAUCCACGUAGGGGAGAAGGUGGACCCCGUGGUGGAGCAGGCGGCCAAAGAGAGCGGGCUGGACAUUGAAGACGUCCGGAAUAAUCUCCCUCAGGACCUUAGUGUGUGGAUCGACCCGUUUGAGGUUUCCUACCAGAUUGGGGAGAAAGGCCCGGUCAAGGUGCUAUAUGUGGAUGAUAACAACGAGAACGGGUCCGAGUUGGACAAGGAGAUCAAGAACAGCUUUAAUCCCGAGGCCCAGGUCUUCAUGCCAAUCAGUGACCCUGUGGGGGCUUCGUCGGAGUCCAGCUCCCCCUCCCCUCCGUUCGGGCAGUCCGCCGCCGUGAGUCCCUCCUUCAUGCCGCGCUCCGCUCAGCCCUUAACCUUCACCACUGCCACCUUUGCCGCCACCAAAUUCGGCUCCACCAAGAUGAAGAGCAGCGGGCGCGGCAGCAGCGGCGGCAACAACGGCAGUAGCAGCAAGGUCGCGCGCACCUCCCCAACCAGUAACCUGGGCCUGAAUGUCAACACCCUGCUGAAGCAGAAAGCCAUCUCCACCUCCAUGCACUCGCUGUACGGGCUGGGCCUGGGGCAGCAGCAGCAGCAGCAGCAGCAGCAGAAGGCGUCUGCGCUCUCGCCCAACGCCAAGGAGUUCGUGUUCCCCAGCCUCCAGGGUCAAGCCAGCCCCGGGGCCGCGUUCUCCGGGGAGGGCUCCCUGGGGCUCGGCUCGCUGCAGUACAACAAUGCCUUUGACAUGUUCGCGGCCUACGGGAGCCUCAAUGACAAGUCCCUCAUGGACGGCCUCAACUUCAGUCUAAGCAACAUGCAGUAUUCUAACCAGCAAUUCCAGCCGGUCAUGGCUAACUAAACUCCUCGCGAUGAAGAAGGUAUUUCUGGAUGAAGGCGGGCGAAGGAGAAGGAAAAACAAAACGCACACUUUAGAACUGGACCCUGGAGGAUAUAGCGUCUGGUCAGUCAAGAGCAUGUGCCCAAGGGUGUUUUUUCUGUGGCCCCUUGAGUUUGUUUUUACCAAAAGCUUGUUGUACAAACACAUCCAAGCUUGGUUACUUCAAUUCAACAUGCCUCAUUGUUUUUCUUUUUCCUUUUUGCCAACCAAGCACAAAUUUUUUAACUAUGUUGAGGAAAAAUACUCAAAGAAACAAACACAAAAAAAGCUUGAAGUUUUGGCCUCUUACAGUAUUUUACAGGUGGUAAGAGAAGGCUGAUUUUUAUGGAUUGGCACUACUAAGUGGGGGUUACUUGGUCUUUUUCUAAUUGUAUAAUUUAAUUUAGUACAGAGUUUGUAAGAUAUCAGAGUAUAUAUUGUUUCUAUGACAUGGUGUUGCAUUUAUAUCUUUUUACUACUCCAGUGAUCUGUGAUGGCUGCAGCAGCUUUUCCUUAUUAUUUUUUCUUUUUUUAAAGAUAAUUGUUAAAGAAAUCCAUCUUUAAAAAAAAAAACCAUCAAAUAUUCUAAAGAUUGUGUACAGAGUAUUCCUUAGUGGUGGAAUUCAAAUGUAGGAAUAUUUGCUUUUUCUGAAGGAUGAAAUGUAUUUUCUGUUAAGAGUUCAAAAAGAUUUUGCUAUUACUAUGGAAAAAAAUGUAAUCGUAUGAAUAUUAAUUUUGUACCUACAUUGUGCAAUACUUGAUAAAAAAUACGGUAUAACAAAGUAUUUUGAGUCAGUGUCUUACAUGUCAAGAGGGACUGAAAUAGUUUAUAUUGUUAAGUUUGUAUUAAAUGCUUAAAAAUUAUAUGCUUGUCUUUAUUUUUUUUAAUUUCAUAUUUGCACCCUGGUCUUUUUAAUAAAAAUAAACAACAGUUAAACAUUA